AUGAAAGAGAUCCAUCACAAGGGGGGUGGAAGGACUGGAAGUAACACAUCCACUUGGGGUGGCAGGGGUGAUGUUGGAAAUGGCCAUGGGAGCAAAACUACUGCAAGGUUGCUAGGGAAACAAAUUUAUGGAGCAACACCAAAUCCAUCAAUAGGUACUCCUUCCAACCCUUCUCUUAAUCAAGAGACUUUUGCUAGUGCUCUGGUUGAGAAGCAAUCUGGCACAUCUUGGUCAGUGGUUGUUGAGGUUGCAAAGGAUGGAGGAAAUAUGAAGUCUUGGAAUAAAGCCAAAGAUAAGGGGAAGGAGAAAAUAAAUGAAGAGAAGGGUGGCCAGAUUACCAUUGAGCUCCAAACUAGUCCUAGUGCUGUUCCUGACUUGGGCAUCUUUGUUGAGCUGCUGGGUUUCUUGGUGCUAGAUGGUGCUGCUGGACUACUGCUGUCAGUGGUUGUUGAGGUUGCAAAGGAUGGAGGAAAUAUGAAGUCUUGGAAUAAAGCCAAAGAUAAGGGGAAGGAGAAAAUAAAUGAAGAGAAGGGUGGCCAGAUUACCAUUGAGCUCCAAACUAGUCCUAGUGCUGUUCCUGACUUGGGCAUCUUUGUUGAGCUGCUGGGUUUCUUGGUGCUAGAUGGUGCUGCUGGACUACUGCUGUCAGUGGUUGUUGAGGUUGCAAAGGAUGGAGGAAAUAUGAAGUCUUGGAAUAAAGCCAAAGAUAAGGGGAAGGAGAAAAUAAAUGAAGAGAAGGGUGGCCAGAUUACCAUUGAGCUCCAAACUAGUCCUAGUGCUGUUCCUGACUUGGGCAUCUUUGUUGAGCUGCUGGGUUUCUUGGUGCUAGAUGGUGCUGCUGGACUACUGCUGGUCUGCUUUUUUGUGCUGUUCUGCUAG